AUGAGCGACUGUAUGAUAAAAGCUGAAGCCUUUUCCUGCAGCACACCUGCUCAUGCCUGCUCACGCCUGCUCACGCCUGUUCAUGCCUGCUCAUGCCUGCUAAUGCCUGCUCACGCCUGCUCACGCCUGCUCACGCCUGUUCAUGCCUGCUCAUGCCUGCUAAUGCCUGCUCACGCCUGCUCAUGCCUGCUCAUGCCUGUUCAUGCCUGUUCACGCCUGCUCAUGCCUGCUCACGCCUGCUCAUGCCUGCUCACGCUUUCUCAUGCUUGCACCCUUCCACGGAGUGAAGACUUGGAUACUUUCCGAGUUCACUUUUGUGCUGGAUGGAAAAAGGCUCUGGAGUCGAUCAACUCUAGGCUCCAGCUUGUUAUGAAAAGUGGAAAGUGUGUGCUGGGGUACAAACAGACACUGAAGAUGAUCAAACAAGGCAAAGCGAAGUUGAUUAUUCUCACCAACAAUUGCCCAGCUUGGAGGAAAUCUGAAAGAGAGUACUAUGCUAUGUUGGCUAAAACUGGUGUCCAUCACUACAGUGGCAAUAAUAUUGAGUUAGGUACAACGUGUGGAAAAUACUACAGAGUAUGUACACUGGCUAUCAUUGACCCAGGUGAUUCUGAUAUUGUUAGAAGCAUGCCAGAACAGACUGGUGAGAAGUAA